AAUCAAUCAGCUUUUAUCCAAGAGCAAGAUUGUGCUCAAAAAGUGAAAUUGAAGAAUUGAAAGGUGGAGAUGUGGUUGUUAGUUCAAUCAACUCGCUACGGAGAUGUUGGCAGGCUGCUAGAUCAUCUUUAGACCAGGGCUGAGAUUAAGAUGUGAGGUGAAGGAUGAAAAAUCAAUUAAUGGGCCAACGGUUGUGGAGAUGUGAUAUGACAAAAAUGGCCUUUUCUGGAAUCCUGGUAAAGUAAGCCCAAUGGCUAAACGGACUUUACAUGCAGUAAUGGGCCUUUACAUAGAUGGGUCGAGAUGCGAAAUCCAAUACAAGGGGUUGACGUCAGCCAUCUUCUCUCGGCCGGUCGGCCUCAGCUGCACUCGCUCAUCACCACAAGUCUCAAGUGACCGAUUCCAUCUGCACUGCAGCUCCAAAUAAAAAGACAAAAUAGAGAUUACAAUAAAAGAAAAUUGGGAGAGUUGAGCUCGCAUGGAGCUUUCGAUCUCAUCCUCCUCCUACCUCAGGAUUUCUGCUCUUCCGCCAAACAAGUUGACUUCUUUGUCAUUACUCAAAUUCUCCAAGAACCUGUCAUUUUCAAUUUCAACUGGGCUGCAUACGCACAAAUACUCCUCGAAAAGGCCCUCCGCCGUUCCCCACACUCGCCAUUCCAUCUGGGCCUGCGCUAGAGUUGAUGCUGCUGGAACUGAUCCUCAGUUGAAUAAAAUCUUACAAUUCAGGGGUGCCUUCUGGAGAUUUCUGAGACCCCACACCAUACGUGGAACAACAUUAGGAUCUGUUUCUCUGGUAACGAGAGCUUUAAUCGAGAAUCCCAAUUUGAUAAAGUGGUCAUUAUUGCUGAAGGCAUUUUCUGGACUUGUAGCACUCAUUUGCGGAAAUGGUUAUAUUGUGGGAAUUAACCAGAUUUAUGAUGUUGGCAUCGACAAGGUAAACAAACCUUACUUACCCAUAGCUGCAGGAGAUCUUUCAGAAAAGUCAGCAUGGUUCUUGGUGCUAAUUCUUGCUGCUUCUGGUCUCUUAAUUGUUGGGUUGAAUUUUGGACCUUUCAUUACGUCUCUUUACAGCCUCGGUCUUUUCCUGGGCACUAUCUACUCUGUUCCCCCAUUUCGGAUGAAAAAAUAUCCCAUCAUAGCAUUUCUUAUCAUAGCCACGGUCCGGGGGUUCCUUCUUAACUAUGGCGUGUAUUAUGCCACUAGAGCUGCCCUUGGUCUACCAUUUGAAUGGAGCUCACCAGUUGCAUUCAUCACCACAUUUGUAACAUUAUUUGCUCUUGUCAUUGCCAUAACCAAAGAUCUUCCUGAUGUGGAAGGUGACCGCAAGUUUAAGAUAUCGACCUUGGCAACAAAACUUGGUGUGAGAAAUAUUGCAUUGCUUGGAUCUGGGCUUCUGUUAGUAAAUUACAUAGGUUCUAUUUUGGCAGCAAUUUACAUGCCUCAGGCCUUUAAGAGGAGCUUGAUGAUACCUUCACAUGUUAUAUUGGCCUCAGGUUUAAUUUUCCAGGCAUUUUUACUGGAAAGAGCAAACUAUACCAAGGACGCCAUCUCCGAGUUCUAUCGUUUCAUAUGGAACCUGUUCUACGCCGAGUACAUAUUGUUCCCUUUCAUAUGAUCAGCCUCGACACAAUUUAUAGUACGGAAUUCCUAACAAGAGUAUGCCUGUCAUUGUAAUGCUUUCUUGCUUUACAUUUAUGCCGCCAUUUGUAUACACAUGCUUGCCAAAUUUGUUGUUGCGUUCGCUCCAAACGUUCUUGAACAAUGUAAACUAUAAAUUUUCAUCAAGUAGGGUAUCCUCUUUCGUCCAUCUCCUGACAUGUAUACCUUUUGAAAAAGUAUGAUUGUCUAACGAUUAGGCUGUAGAUUAGUAUCUAUUAUUAUUAUUUAAUAGGUGUCUUAGAGAAUAAGUUAGGAAUUUAAUAUUAUUGUUUAAUAUUUAGCAAGAGAUCUUGUCAUGUUGGACAAGUUAAGGUCUACCGUUAGGAGCCUUGUAUCAAGGACUCCUUGUAGUUUAUUUUCCUUGGUUGGUUAUGAAUGAAAUAUGAAUUGAUUGUGAGUUUUAUCGAGAGAUUAUCUCGUUUAUCUUUCUCACUCGUACGUUUUCCUACAUCACU